AUGAGCUUACCAAGCACCCCUGGAGGUCCAGGUGCUGUGUUUGGUGGCGCUGUCGGGCCCUUGGGCUUCAAGAAGCGCACGAAGGUGGUUUUUCUGAGUCCAGCAGAGAUUACCAACUGGAAUCGGCUAGAAGACUGCACAGAGCAGAAAUUAAUUGAUCAGAGCGACAUUUUGAAGUACGAGGAACUAUUAAAGAAUAGCUCUCCAUCUGUUUCCAAAUGUGUGUCCGAUACCCAAGGACCACCACCAAAGAAAAGGGGGCGGCCGAAAGGCUCCAAAAAUGGAAUGCGCAAAAAGCCCAUCGAUCCGUCACAACCUUGGCUUGAGGGAAAUGAAUCGGACGAUGUUGACGCUGGACUCGAAGGUGAAUUAGACGAUGACGAGUACUUUCGCAGACUAGAAGAGGAGAAGCUACGUGAGGAUGAAGAGGAAGCCCUUCGAAAAAAACGAGCUGCACAAGCCCGUUUAGCUUUACGGAAAAAGUCCACUGGCAGCACCCGCAAUAGGUCAUCUACUCGGCGCCCCGGACGAAGUAGUUCUAGUGUUAAUUAUGCCGCGAUGGCAGGAAUCACGGAAACAAGUGAUAGUGAUGGUCUUAGUGAGUAUGGUGAGGGCACUGUUUCCUCCAUCGGUGGUUCACGAGUGGGGCCAGAUGAUAUAGAAAGCACUCGUGAACUUUAUCCUCAUGAUCAAGAAGAGGAACCGGACGAACUUUCAUAUGAACCAGGUUUUACUCGUGAGUUAUCGCCUACUGAGUCUCUUCCUGGUUCAAGACAUCCUUCUGAAGAAAGGGACUUUGUUGGUACGGAAGGUGAUGAAACCUUCAGACUAGAUCCCUCCAGAUCCACAUCUGAUCCGAUGAUCUCCAUGACUCCGACCGAUCCUUUUACAAUUGCAAUGUUAAAUGUCGACCCAAUUCAGCUGUUGUACCAAUCACCGUGUCUUUCACUUCCGCCGUCGGCCACCGAUCUGGUGUGCCCCAGUCGCCUUCUUUUAGACGCAUUUUCAGUGUACGAAAUUCUAAUUCGCUAUGGCCGCCUCCUUCGGCUGUCUCCCUUCAGGAUUGAAGAUUUUCUGGCUGCCCUUGUGGCUAACGAAAAUUCCACUCUGCUGUCAGAAAUCCACAUCGCUUUGCUGAAGUCAAUUAUCCGUGAAGACGACGCAGCUGGGACUCUGAUGUAUUCGGCAGAUUGCAAAGACUCCGUUAGCAUUACUCUUUACUCAAUUGAUCGUUUUACAUGGCCCUACUUGCUGGCUGCUUAUCUGAACAGCAUUAAAUCCUCGGAAGCAAACGCGCAGGUCGCCGCAUCCGGACUAGGCGCAUUAAGCAUGGCUGCUGCGUAUGCUGCCGGAGCGGCUGGAUGUGGGCCGACGGGUGGUGGCGGGGCUGACACGGUUCUGACUGCGGCGCUUUUCCCUUCGGAUUCGAUUCCACUGGAUCCGGCUUAUCCACUCGUGUCAGUUGACAGACGACUGGCUGUGCUCAGCGGUCUGACCAACCUACUGCUUGCCACAGGCCCAGUGCGUGGCGAUGUGUUACGCGAUGGAUUCCUGCCCCAUGAAGAUCACUGCCGGUUUUGUCAUCUAAGCGGGGACUUAUUGUGUUGUGAUGGUUGCACUGCGGUGUAUCACCUGCGUUGUCUUCAACCACCCCUCUCUGUUGCACCUGCGAGUAAUUGGCUUUGCCCGGCUUGCGUAAAAGAUCAGACUGUUGGAGUGACAGACUGUCAAUCGGAAGCGGAGCGCGCAGGCAAAGUGCAUCGGAGGGAGCCCCUUGGAACUGACCGAGCUGGACGAGUGUAUUGGUACAUCGGACGCCGAUUGGUUGUUGAACCUGUGUGUUAUGCUCAGAAAGAGCCCCAUCUUCUCAAUUUGUCUGAUGGAAAAUUUGACCCUAGUUGGCCUGAAAAACACUUCGCACGUCUUCUCCAAACCGACGAGCUAGAACCGCUUCCUCAGUGGACCGGUGAUGGCGACGCCGAUCACCAACCCGAUGAUGCUUCGCCAACUCACUCCACCUCCUUGCUUGACUAUAACGGUGAACCCCCUGUCUACUACUAUAGCUCAUUUGAGCAGGUCACAGAACUGCGCCAUCGCUUGUGCCCGCGAUGGGAACCGUGGCUAUGCCAACGGCUAGACACAUUGCUUCCACGAAUGAUGUCCGAAAUGAGCCAUACCCAGCUUCUGACGGCGAAAGGUCUCGAGUUGUUUUGUCAAAUCGAACCGAAUUGUAAUGUAAUCAGUUCGUCGAACCCCUCUUUAAGUCACAAUCAGCGAAAUGUGUUUUCUCUGUUGGAACUUGAGACCGCUAGAAGCAAAUCGAGAAUGGCUUCUGGCUCAAAUGCUACUGACCGCAGCAUCUCACAGUGUCCAGUCGUUUGCGCCUUUGAAGCUGUCAGCAAAGGACCAUGGUAUUCCGGUAACUUUCCAGCCGGCAUUCCUGUGACGGACAACGACGAUGAAUCCGACUGCGGAGUCUUGGUUGCACCCGAUGAAGCUUCUUGUCUAGUACGGAAUCAGGACGCUGUUGUUACUCGCGUACCAAGGUCGGAAGAUACUGACACAAAAACCCCUACCACAGUUCUCGCAGAGGUUGAUUUGAUGUCAUUAUCCACUCCGCUGUUCAAUUCCGAUUACUUCAACACGACAGACACUGCAACAAGGGUGGCUUAUCGAUUGUCUGAUGAGGGUCUCUGGAGAUCUUGGAACAAUACCUACUCAGUUGGUUUCGUUGCUGAUACAAAGCAGCAAUCCAUGGGUAACUCUUCCAAGUCACAUAGUACUUCCCGGAAGCAGCCAGAUGAUCAGGUAUCAUCCAGCGAUGACAAUCAUGCUGCAUCUGGUGUGUCGGGGAAUUUAGCUCUCACUCGGGCUCAGUUUAUGGAGGAAAAAGAGCGCAAGCGUCUUUUGGGCAACAAAUUCAGUUUGUCCGAUUUAGCAACAGAUCUCUGGCAGUAUCUGGAACCUCCGAUCGUGCACGACCAUCUUACUCGCUUCGUAGCCUUCUUGAAGAUACCUUGGGAGCUGGACGAGCGACCGUUUUCUCCCUCUUGGUCUGCCUCUUUUCCUCGAAUGCUCCACGUGAUUCGUCUCACGUUAUCUUACUUUGAAGCUCAAAUCCCUUUGAAUUUUUACCUACCUGCAUGGCGUUUCUAUCGCAAAAGAUGGCUUCGGGAUGUACUGCAUUCGAAAAACUCGUCGGACCUGGCCUCUUUGUUGGCACAGUUUGAGGCCGCUAUUCGGCCGGUGUGCUUCCAACGUGUGUGGUUUAAUGCAUUAGGCCACAUUACUUUUGAACGUACAACCGCCGCCCAAAGAGAAGAGGACCGCAGACUUCGCCUAAUGGAUCGAUCAGGUGCCGGCGGUAAUCAAUCGAAUGCGUCUUCCAUUUCAUCAAAUAUCAUUCGAACCAAAACGCCACGACCGGUACGACACACAGUUUGGAAAUUCCGCGGGGAGGAAUAUCGCCGUUUGGGCGGUGAUGGCUGGUUGUGGCUGAGUUCUACGCGCCGGUCUCCUGCAAAUGAAGCAGAGCUAUUGUCUUCCAUUUAUCCACCACUUUGUUCGCCAGUUGGCACACCUUCAACUGUCCCCGAAUCCAGUCUUUCGAGGAGGAUGCUGAACCACCGUGGACUGCAACAUGGAAUCGGAUGGGGUGUAUGUCCAAAUUAUCUGCAGGGACAAGUUCCUAUUAAACCUCCCAGACCAGGGGAAUGUCGCGGACAUGUUCUUCACCCCAUCACUGGCAUUCCACUAUACCUCAAUCCUCGACGAGUCCCAUUUAUUAUACCUACGGACGAAUUACGGCUCAUACAGAGUUUGGCGGCGCCUUGGGAAGCAGUAGAGGCAUCUCUGUCAUGCUCCGCAACUCCCGGACAUGAAUCGAAGUCGCAGCCCAAGGAAGAUCCUGUUAACUCUAGUCCCCAGAUUUCUGCAACAGAAUAUCCUGUUAGCAAUUCUCCAGUUUCAUCUAAUGGACAGAAAAUCAAUUCAGUGAAAACUGAGACGGUAAAUGGAAUGAAUUCUGUGUCCAUUGGACCUUCGCUCACUGCAGUCCCCGAACUGUCCUCCUUGGAUGAGCCGGUGGUGCUUAAUGUGUCUUAUUGUUUGCGUGAACGAGUUCACUUUCCACCCCUUCCUCGGCGGCCAACCACUUCACGCGCUGCAUCUCGCCGCCUACGAUUUCGCUUAGACGAUCUACUCAAUAAGAGACAGACGGUUGCCGAGACGGAUAAACGCAAUGCGUCAGCCGCAGAGGCGACUAUGCGGUCAUUGGAGGUCGAACUCAGCGAAAUUGAAGGAAGGCGAAGCCAGCUGUCCGAGCGAUUAGUUCAACUAAAUGCAGAUGCUCAAGAGGCACGGACGGCCAAGGCGAAAGCGAUGAAAGCUAAGAUGGCUGGCGAUACAGAACCAUCGGCCGUGAACCGUGAUUCGGAAUCGGGAACUACGGACCAACCACAUACGAAUUCUUCUCGACAACUGAUCCAGCACUCUGUGGUGACACUUGAAAACGGGCCCAAAUUCCGUGUCAUUACUUCACGCCUCCCCAAUCAACCGGUCUACGCACCCUUCAUAGAUCAGACGUCCAAACGUCCAUGUCGUCAGCCCCCAUCCAGACCGAAACGCAAGCGAUCCGACGACGAUGACUACAGUUCAGAUGAUAAUUGUGGUUCCAAUGGCGGUUUACAACUGAGGCGUAGUGCUCGUAGGCAGCGAGCGACGCGCCCGGAUCCCGAUUUCGUUGUCGACUUCGAUGACGAAGAGGAAGGCUCACCUGAUGGCAGUGCUGCCGAUGCGAAUUCGGACUGCGACUCGCAGUCAGCUUUCACAGAUCAUGAACACUACGCUGUCCGCGGUGGAGGAGAUCACACUCAGAUCUGUCGUCAGUUACCACAGUAUGAUGGUGUCGGUGAUGAAUGUUCUGGGGAUGAUGACGAAUGCACCUCUCCCGAAUCUGACAUUCUCUCAGAUAGUGCCUCCGCACACCCAAUGGGAACAUUUUCUGACAACUCUGAAGAUCAGAUGUUUGAAGAUGUUACUCUGAAUGCUUCUGUAUUUCAACGCAAACCUGUGUUCAGACCCCCGGUAAACGUUUCAACGCAGUCCUCAUUGCCGUCAUGUACUACUUCCACGGCUGUAAACAUCCAAUCAGCGAUUGAUGCGAAGAUAUCUACCAACUCGUCAGCAUCUGCGGCAUGUUCAAACGAUGCCUCGUCUACUUCAUCGGCUGUUGGUGUUUUGACGACGUCUACUUCUGGAUCCACCGACACAUUGCGCUUGCUCUUCACCUCUCCAACUACUCAAGCUCAAUCACAGCCAACAUCGACAGGAUCCACUCUCAAGUGCGUUUCAACCACCUCUGCGCCUAUCGUGUUCCCACGUGGAGUGCGUCUGCUACCUAAUGUUCAUCCGAGUUCCAUUAUUUCCAGCCCACUACGCCUCUUGGAUGGGAAGAUUGUUCGGGCCACUCCUUCACUGCAGCCAAACAUUACCAUUAACCGACUCCCUGCAUUCGUAACUCCUAUCUCAACUGUGGAUUCUAGUGCGGUUCGUGUCAUCAUUUCGUCCGCUUCGUCUACGGAUAAGAGUAUCACUUCAACAAGCACAGCUGCUCCUACGGUGUCGAGUUCAUUUCGCGACACAUCGACCGCCUACACAAGCACAUCGGAUACCAGCGUCUCCAGCAUUCCCUCUAACACCCUUUCAUCUGUGGCUACUCGCUAUCAGCCCGCUAUUUUGAGGCGGACACUGGCCACUGUGUCUCCCGCUGUGGGCAAACCUGUUGCUUCUCCCACAGAAUUCAAAUUCUUCACCAUUCCCCAAUCGCAAUCAGUUGCAACCACUGUCGCGUCGAGUACCGCGCGGCAAGUAGUGUGUGGAGAUCUUACUGCUCGGCUGAUUGGUCAGCCGAAAACCACACCGGAUGCAGAUGCACCACAAAGUCGUCGAUCUCUGGCCAAAGCGGAGCACGUGCGCAACAUCCCGUUGGUGGAAAACCGUGUCGCACCCCUGACAGCAUCAGUUCUGAUUGCUCCACGCAUUUUACCAAAACCGAACGGAGCCGUGAGCACAGCGUCACCCCUACGCUCACCGCUAUCCAGCAGUGCGCAGGUCACGUUGGAAAAGGCGGUGCAGGAGGCGUCUGCACAGCUAAAGCAAAUCGAAACUGAAGCGAUAUCAGUCAAGUCGGAGCUCGCAUCGAUGGAGCGUAAAAUGGUGGAAUUGCGAAAAGAAUUGAGCCGUCAUUCAAAACUGCGCUUUCAAGGACAGCCAUCCACUGCACAGCCCUAUUCGCUCUAUCGGCGCAACAAGGAUAUCACAUCUGAGGUACCGGACACCGUAGUACUUCCUUCACAACUCCCACCAGUGAACACUUACGUUUGGCCUCCUGUCAAUUGGCCAGAGGAUCACAGGCGGCGACCCAGCACAAGCAGCCUGUUCCGAUGGGAUGCCAGAAAUCUCCGGUCCUUGAUUCUCGCGGCGGGUCGACGCGAACUCUCCGGAUACGAUGUAGAGAAGAAAAGACUUGCUCAGGUGGUUUGGCCAUAUCCGUCCGCCAAGCCAACACUGUCGGAGGCAUGGCGCUUCCGCCUCAGCCAUCUUCGGCUCGGUCCCGAUCGGAACGGCAAGAAACCAAGUCAACUGUCCAAAUGCAGUCUUGACUUAGCCAAUUUGGCCUUGUUGUUGCAUACUCUAUGGUACUGCAUCCGUUGGGAUGAAAUGUUGAUGGACCCCUCGGAGGAUAACGAUCACAUCAUGGAUGCAGAGGGCCAUCCUUGUUUACGGGAAUUGAUGGACUAUGUAGAUUCAGGCAGCUUGAAGUCCGGAGAACCUGCUUACUGCACCCGAAAAAUUGUGGGCGUCAGACCAUUGGACAGGUUUUGGCAACGAGUCACCUAUCUCGUUCAUUUAACACACACCGUCCCGUCGGGUAACACAAAAGCCAAAAAAUCUCGCACUAACAGUCGCGCUUCUCGAGGCCCUGACCGCGGUACGAUCUCCAGGCGAUCAGCUAAGAGUAAGGCUUCUUCGGGAUCCGAUUCCCCGGCUACCUCGCCCCAACCUCGGCGACGAGGUAAAGGAGGCAAAGCGUCCGGUCAAGAUCCCGAUUAUGAUCCCGCUCAUGAUGAGGGCUGGCGUGUAGGAGUUCCGUGUCCUAAUUUAACUGGUCGGCGAAGGGCUUUUGAUCGUAAUCGGCAACGUUCUGGCUAUGAUUCGGAAGACGACGACACACUGGGCCCUGGCGGCGACGGCGAUCGACAGGUGACCGACUCUCGAGGUAACAAAAGCAAAGCAAAAACCAAUGCUGAGAAGUCGCAACGCGAGCUCCACGUUGAAGAGCAGUGGAUGUCGGAAGAAAGUUUCAGGCUCUGGGAAAUACGUUGCUUUAUGGAUGAAUUUUUACCUCCAAAUAUGGAUUAUCUAGAAUCGCUGAAUUCUGCUCCAGGCAACCUCGAUGUACCAGUUUUGCGCCGUCCCUUCCGACUUCAGACCCCCGCAUCAGAAGUCGUUCCACCGUCCACUGACGGAAUGGAGCCACCACCGCAGCACACCAACGACAUAACUGACUUUGGGGUGAAUACUACUGGCACCACUUUGGACACACAUUCAAAAUUGCCCACGUGUUCAACUUUGGUCGGCGCACUUAGUGGCCCACAGCAGUUUCAGCGCGUUUCUUGGGUUGUGGAACCUGAUCGUCGUCGCCUCGUUGUGCCUGACACGAAAUUAGCUCAAUCUUCCGAUGGUAUUCCCCCCGCACCAGUCCGCCGACGUGUUCGUGAGAACAUUUCAUUAGAGGGUGGCCUACAGCCUGAAAAUCUUGAUUCGCCGUUCGUUCUUGAUGCGAAAUCCAAAGCCCGCUCUAUAGCAGCAAUGCGUGCUGCCAAAGCCUCGGUUGCUGCUCGCAAAUUGAAGGCAGAACGGAUACUUUUGGAUCAGCGAGUGCGUGCUCUUCGCGCGCAGCUUGUCGCGCGCAAGCGACUUCAUUUAUCAUGGGCACGACUCCUGGCUGAAGUAAGUUCCAAUUUGAGCUCUGUUCAUUGGCUUAGUCUUUUCUUUCAAGUGCCGUCUCAUUUGUUGGACAGGAGGCCGAAGGAAAGGGGCGUUUGCAUUGUGACUUGCAUACCACUGGUCGCAAUCUGCUUUGGGGAGCGGCACCUCUAA